AAAGAAAAAAAAAAUCCCCCGCUAGAUCUUGUCCGACGCCGAGCACCGCAAACCGCUGGCAAGCGCUGAGCUCUGAGCUCAAGCCACGGGCCCCCAAAAGAACAGAAAGACCCCUCUUCAUUUUCGAAUGGCGAGCCAAGAGAAGCCCACCACGCCGUCGCCAUCGUCUCCGCCGCCGCCCCAAUCACUGGCGCCCGAGGAAGCCGGCCGCAUCCGCGGGUUCGGCGGGGGCGCGGCGGGCGGCGGGUACCCUAACCCUCCCGACGCGACGGUGCCCGACGCCGCUACGCUGCGGGAGCAGUGGAGGUUCGCAGUGCGGCAGUACAGCCGGUGGUACUCCCACGCCUGGGGCACCGCCAUCCUUGCUGGUGCCGCCUUCUUCGCCUUGGGCUGGCUCGUGAAGGGCUCCAACCCCCUCCCGUCCCGCGGCGAGCCCCGCGCCCCCAACGAUGACAACGCGAACGAGAAGAAGUGACUGGCAAUCCUUUCCCCAGACUUGUGCAAAAGCUAGACCACCAAGCUGGAAGCGAAAUCCUGACCAGUGUUGUAUAUUUCCUUGGUCUAGAAAAUAAUGGAACAUGUCUUUACCGUCAAGUGAAGCUUUGGCAUAUCUUGUAAAUACGUAUGAGAUGUUGCUGAAUUCAUAUAAAUGAGUGGUUUGACAAAUCAUCGUUUUCAGGAUUUUCUGUAUCUUGUAUAUAUUACUUGGUUAGGAUUAACUGUUGUCUUGACGAAGUGCAGCAUCUAUGUUCGGUGACUCCUGUUCCGUUGCUUUGGUAGUGGAACCCGGCCGAUAAAAAGGUCGUAUGGAAGAAAAAAUC